UGUGAUUUUCAUUCAAUCUUCAACAAUUACAAUCAAUAACAAAUUCUUUAAGGGAUUAAAAAAUCGGUUAUAUGGGAUGUCUUUGGGCUUCCGCAUAAAAGCAAACGACGUAUUUGAAUUUUAUUCAAAUGAAUUCGUCAAAAAAACACAACAACUGGCUAACCGUUGGAGAAAUAAUCCGAUUGAUUAAGGGACCCGUCGCAUUAUACACCAGCAAUAUCAUAGAAAAAUGGCAUGCAAAGCUGUGUGGUUCUUUGCCAGGCAAAUGCUUAAACCCUGGAGAUUGUGAAAAGAAAAAGAAACCGCGUGACCUGUGUUCCUCUUGCAAGCAAUGGUACGACGAGCUUGCCAAAUCCCACCGGAGAAACGAUAAAGGGCAAUUUAAAAGCAUGUGGCGCCAAAACUGCGACACAUCAAAGUGGCCGAAUGAUCCUUGGGAGGUUGCCAAGUUCUUUAUGCCCAGCCUUGGGGACAACAAAAAAAACGUUGAAGACGCCGAAUCCACUGAUUUAUCAUCUCUUCUGAACGUCCUUGCAUGGACGGAAGAUGCGGUCUUUGCCCCAGACAAACGUGUUGAUCGUAACCUCGUUGAGGACCUUCGUUCAAAGGUUAGAAACCCUUGGGCGCAUGAACCUAAUCAAAACCUAGACGAAUCCACUCUUAACGAUGCUUUUUGUAUUGCUGAUAAAUUUGUUGCCGACCUCGACAUGGUUUUCAGUCGUGAAGAAGUCAAGAAUUGUAUAGAGGAUAUCAAAGCUUUGAGAGAAAACAGACAAACCAAAGUCACAGAAAACGAGUUGAAGAAUCUGAAUUUGCGUGAGUUACGUGGAGACGACAGUCAGAAAAAAGGAGAGAUGGAAAGUUUGAAAGAAGAAUUAAAGAGUUUAAACGAUAACGAAAGUCCUAAUUUACAGGUUAUCAAGGAACAAGAGGAAAAAAUUAAAAAAUUGGAGAAGGACUAUAGGUCAUUACAAGAUCUCAUGAAAUCAUUACAAGAUACGGACAACGUUGAAGGAGCGAAUCAACCGUGCCAACUAAAGAGCUGUAUUCCUGACAAACCAGAAAUUUUCAUUGGUCGCGACGCUGUUGUAAAGGAAUUAAUAUCUUCUUUGGUAGAUAAUGGCUGUGGAAUUGUGUGUAUCGUUGGUGGACCAGGUUUUGGAAAGAGCACCGUUGCAAAAGAAGUUUCCCAUAAUUUAAGCACAAACCAUGAUAUUAUCGUAAUUUUCUCAUAUUUGCAAAAUAUGUCAGCUGUAUCCGAUGUGACACGAUGUCUCUGCCAUGACGUCGGCGUUACCCCCGGACAAGAUCCUGAAUCAUCGUUGAUGUCGUGGUUGAGGGAUAUUGAGCAGAAGGUCGUCCUUGUCAUGGACAACAUCGAGCAGCUGCUGGAAAGCGGCGAUAAAUCCCAGUUUAUUGAAUUAGUGCUUACUCUACGCAAAAAUUCACAGCAACGUGUGCAGAUACUAGCAACGACAAGAACCGAAUUUUUAAUUCCUGGACAAAAAUCCGUAAACCAUCAAAUAAAAGAAUUGGAUGAAAAAUCAAGUGUCGAACUUUUAAAAGAGUGUUGCCAAAAUGAUGAAAUUGAAGACACGUACUUUUCUGAGUUGGCUAAACUGUGUGGCUUCCUUCCUCUCGCUUUGUGUCUCGCAGGAAAACGAAUUCAAGAUCUUAAUGACCCUAUGAAGUUAACAAAAUGGUUACGAAAGAAGCCCAUGAAAACGUUGAAGCCUGUUCAACAAGCCUUUGAGUUUUCUUUUCAGAUGUUGAAUGGUGAAGAUAAAAAAGCUUUGUCUUUCAGUAUUUGAUGGAAAUUUCCAAAUGAAAUCUGCAAAGAAGAUAAUUGGUCGAAUUGGUUUGGAAACCAUCGAUUUUUUGAAAGAUCUUGUUGGUCGAAGUUUAAU